AACAAUUGCAUCAGUUUGAUAGAAAAAUAUUGGAAAAUAAAAAGCGACUUUUACUGAAAUAAAAAUUGUAGAAAAAUAUUCGAUUCCGUUAGAAGUAACCUUUUUCUUGCUAGCCUUCUAAAUAAUAAGGCUAAGAGUCUUGGACAGGCAACAAAGAAAAGUUCUGAAUCUUGUGCGAUUUGUUAAAAGUUGCUGUCUGAAAAUAAGAUUUUAAUGUUAAUUCAUUAUGAUUUCGGAGCUCAAUUGUCUCUCUCUCUCUCUCUGAUCAAUCAAGAGCAACUUCAAAGUAGCUGAAAAACAAACCAGUGGACUGUAUAAAUUUGGACAUGCACACAUGUACACAACUAGCAACACAUACCAUCAUUAGGUAUACGGCUCAAAAGCACUCUCAACGAUGCCAAUAAUUAAAAUAUAAAAACUAUGGAUUGAGCGCAACAUUUAUUAUACAACGGUUCCGGGCCAUGGCUAUAACCUAGAAUUGUUGCAUAGCUGCAACUAAGUCACCGCUCACUCAGCUGGUUGGUCCAUUCUCUGGUUUGAGACACGCUACAUCGUUGUUACCUCAGCGCGGUCAUUUUCAGUUGUAGACAAGUGCUCAAGCAGCUCGAACGUGUAAAUUUAUUUGAGGAAAAGUAAAGUUUUGCUAAAAGGUUUGCGGAAUCAUUUAACACCGUAAUAAAGGUAAGUUGAGUUGUUAAUCUUUGUUUCUCAAGAAAUGUAAUUUUCAGGUGUAUGUAGUCUGCUUUAUUUAUCAUAACAGGCGUACCACAAAUAACUUUUAAUCUUUUCGCGAUGAAUUAAUGUUAAAGGGCAAUGUUGAUCGUCGCUUAAUGGCUUGGUUACGUGAAGAAAACCGGUUUAGGUGUUUUUGUUUGAUAAUUAGAUAGAGAUACGUAGAUGGUUUUGUUAUGUAUACAAUGUUGCCGUUAUCAAACCCCGAAUCCACGGGUAUGUGGGCAUGUGCAACGGCUUAUUUUGUUUAUGUUUGUGGUCUUUUCAUUCUCUGGCCCUGGCCAAGUUUGUUAGUUAUACAUACAAGUAUGAUGAAACAUAUGAGUCAAGAUGUAUUGCUAAAAAGUCUCUCAGGCCAGGGAGGCUACACGUAAACAUGCCUCUUAAUUAAAAGCGAAAAUGUGUCAAUGAAACUAUAACGAAAUGCAAGUUUAUAAUGUUACGGCUAAUAAGCGCUGAAGCUCAACUUGUCUAACACUGCCUUCCGAUCUUUUUUUCCGCUAAUGCUCACAUAAAAUUUGCGCAAUCGGUGAGUUUAUUGAAUUGUCAGCCCUGAUCUGAAUGGAAAAAUCCAUCUGAACUAAAACAUGAAUUUCCAAUGCAACCAAUAACAAGCAAAGGAAGGGCUACGUUCGCAAGUAAUCAGAGCAUAUAUCAGCUUGUAAAUAUAAAUUUAUUAAGAGCUUUGCGUUGUACUUGACCGAAGAUUCCUUCUUUUUUCCUUUUUUCAUAUCAGAAAUAAUCGUUAGACGGAGGCUGUUAGCCAGAUAACUUUAGUUAUCUGAAGUAUGCUUCAGAGAGGUGGUAUUAAUUAAAUCGCGGGUCUAUCUUACUGUUAUAUAUUAAUUAUGACUGCAGUAUAGACAUUGCUAUUUUAGUUUGACAAAACCAGAUUGUUUGUUUAAAUUGAAUAGGCUUUGAAACUACUUGACGGAUUUGAAAAAUUAUUUCACCAUUGGGAAGCUACAUUCUCUCCGGUGAACAAAAGCUAUAUUAUAUUUUCAAAAAAGUUAGGUAUCCUCACUAAAACUUGUAACUCAAGUUGUAAAAAAAUUACCUAACAAAUCCCUUACAUAGCGUGCGCUGCGAAUACUAUUAAUUAUAUACACAAAAAAUGUCGCGACACCAUAUGUCUAACUGUUAUAGUAACGUCACAAUAAGUGUUAUUUGAUUAAAAAAAGUAUUUAAAGUAAAAAAUGACGUCUCUGCAAAAACUCUUUAUUUGUACCUUAGUAUUAAUCCUUAUGAAAAUGAAUUACUUUAUAUUCAAGACUGAUUCAGUGCCUUUAAAGAACGUUUCGAAUUAUUCAAUUCGGACAUUCCAUUCGAAAGAUGUCACGAAUUUUAAAAUGUAAGUUUUAGAAAAAAGUCGCGUGAUGAGCAACUUGGUUGGGCUGGAAAAUAAUAUGCGAUUUAGGUGUCAUUGGUCCACGAGAUGGGAGUCUAAUGUCAUGAAAUAAAGUGCAGCGAGGCCUACUCGCCCAGUUGGCUCCCUACAAAGCGGUCGUGUGCGGAAUUGAAUCUGAAUAAUAUUAAAGGAUCGAUGUUCACACAUAAGAAUAAAUAAAUUAAUCAUAAUUAAAGCAUCCUUUCUAACGCUAUUUUGAAUACCAUUGCUAUUAAUACGAUAUUUAAGAAUCAGCGAAGAAAUAAAAAUAAAAUUUGGACUCCUGAUUUGACUUAAAUAGUAUCCAUAGUACAUGGUACAUAUUGUUUAAUAAGCUACUAUAGUUGGAUAUUUUGACGAAUAUAUCUGAAGGAAAGUAAGUCUAAAUAGGCAAUUGACACACUUUAUAUGUUCCAGUAUUGCAGAAGCCAACAAUAUGACGCCAACGGGUCAGAACGUAGUGGAGGAAGUUGUUUUAGUCACUGGAGGCAGCGGUUUUAUAGGGCAGCAUUUGUUGAAAUAUCUAUUGCGCGAGCAAAAAAAUUUGGGUAUCAAAGAAGUUCGAUCUGUGGAUACAUUGCCCUUUGAUAAUAAAAUUGGCAUUUCUCACAUACAGGGGUUGAAGACCUUUGUCGGAGACAUUUGCGAACCAAAGUCCAGCACUGUACAAGAUGCCUUCAGGGAUGUAAAUUGCGUUUUCCAUUGUGCCGCAUUAGUCAGUAUUGAGUAUCCUCCAAAUUUCAAGGAGUUAGAUCGUGUAAACGUGAAUGGAACCAGCGCAAUUGUUGACUUAUGUAUGCAGCACAAUGUAAAAAGGUUAAUAUACACCAGCUGUGCGUCAGUGUGUUUGGUUCCAUUUAAAGGCUACAGCACUUUCACUAUAGUCAUAAAUCAAACCGAGUCAAAGGCCAAUACUCCCACCUUUAAUGCGCAGGACCCAGAUGAUUUCGAUAAAUCCUUCUUGAUACCUGGGUACUCUUCGUCGAAAUUGCGUGCUGAAUGUAUUGUGUUAAACUCAAAUGGAACACUGCUUAGUAAUCAGAGAGAUUAUUUGGAAACUGUGGCUAUUCGUCCGCCGCUUACUUAUGGGGAAGGCGAUGAGAAAUUUGUACCCCGUAUUUUCGAGUACCUCUCAAGCCGUGGGUUCAGUUAUCCCCGCAUUGCCGGAGCUGGUGGUAAACAACAGCUCGUCUAUGCUGGUAACGUGGCAUGGGGUCAUUUGUGUGCUUACAAAACACUUAAGUCGACUCCAAAAGCCAUUGCCGGUCUGCCGGUAUUCGUGACCGAUGACACGCCCAUCAAUGAUGUGACUAGAUUCAUACAAAAAAUGGCACUGCUAGGUGGAAAAUUCAAGAUUAAUUUGACCUUAUGGUAUCUGCCGCAUUUUCUUUUCUUUCUCCUUUCCUUCCUCACCGAACUGUUUGUGCAGUUAUUUUAUCCAGUAACGAAAUUCAAACUGCCGUAUUCGCUUCGUGCGAUUUCGUCCUUCACAGCUUCGGUAUUGAUGUUCAAUCGUUUACGCGCUUCCAUACAUAUGGAUUAUGUACCUUUAAUUGAACCAGAAGAUGCUGCCCAAGCAAGUGCGCGCUGGUAUGAGCAGUGGUGGGAAAGGCAGCGCUCAAAAAGUUAUGGUAAAUCUAGCUAAGCCCGAUUAGAGAGCUUUCAGUAGUAUGCGUACAAAAAUCGGAUGUAUGUAUGUAAGUAAUUCUGUACAUAUGUAUAAUAUACAUAGGUAUACUGAAAAGUAUUUGUAAAAUAGCAAAAAAUGUUUAUAUCUUGCCCUAGCUAAGCACGAAUGACAAAAUUUGUAGAUAUUUAAAAUAAGUUUAUUGGUAUGGCUAAUUAAAAAUUGUUUUUCACUGUU